CUGCGGAAAGAUGGAUGGGCGCCGGGCAGAGGAGGGGGCACCUGCGAUGGGAAUUGAGCCGUAAUUGCAGCCCUCGAAGGAGGGUCUUGAGGGGAGGGGGCUGCGCGUGGGUUACUUCGAGACCCGGUGCGGUGGAAAUAGAUUCCUGCCACCCUCUCCCCGUCACCUUAACGCAACUAUCUGCCUCACGUCGGCAGAAUAUCUUUACUGCCGGUCUUAGAGAUGGGAACAUCGAGGCCUGCAGAAGGGUCUCAACUAACAACCUACAAACCCCUCGUUUGACUCUAUCCCCCAGACAGCUCCCUCAGCUAGGGUGUAGUUUCCCCGGGACAGGAGGGUCAGGCCUCAGGAGUGGAGUGGAAACUGACGCUCUGUCUGUACCCCCAGUAUUCCCACUUUCCUGUGUGGUGCAGCAGUAUGCCUGGGGGAAGAUGGGUUCCAACAGUGAAGUGGCUCGGCUGCUGGCUAGCAGUGACCCACUGGCCCAGAUCUCAGAGGACAAACCAUAUGCAGAGCUGUGGAUGGGGGCCCACCCCCGGGGAGAUGCCAAGAUCCUUGACAACAGCAUCUUGCAGAAGACCCUAGGCCAGUGGAUUGCUGAGAACCAGGACUGCUUGGGUUCGAAGGUCAAGGACACCUUUAAUGGCAAGCUGCCCUUUCUCUUCAAAGUGCUCUCAGUCGAAACGGCCCUGUCUAUCCAGGCACACCCUGACAAGGAGCUGGCAGAGAAGCUGCACCUCCAGGCUCCACAGCACUACCCCGAUGCCAACCAUAAGCCAGAGAUGGCCAUUGCCCUCACCCCCUUCCAGGGCUUAUGUGGCUUCCGGCCAGUUGAGGAGAUUGUGACCUUUCUGACAAAGGUGCCCGAGUUCCAGUUUCUAACUGGAGAUGAUGCAGCAACACAGCUGAAGCAGAGCCUGAGCCGUGACUCCCAGGCUGUGGCCUCUGCUCUGCAGAGCUGUUUCUCCCACCUGAUGAAGAGCGAGAAGAAGGUAGUGGCGGAGCAGCUCAACCUGUUGGUGAAGCGGAUCUCCCAGCAAGUGGCUGCUGGAAACAACAUGGAGGACAUCUAUGGGGAACUCUUGCUGCAGCUGCACCAGCAGUACCCAGGUGAUAUCGGAUGCUUUGCCAUCUACUUCCUGAACCUGCUUACCCUGAAGCCGGGGGAGGCCAUGUUUCUGGAGGCCAACGUGCCCCAUGCCUACCUGAAAGGAGACUGCGUGGAGUGCAUGGCAUGUUCGGACAACACGGUGCGUGCUGGCCUGACACCCAAGUUCAUCGAUGUGCCAACUUUGUGUGAAAUGCUCAGCUAUAUCCCCAGCCCCAGCCAGGACAGGCUUUUUCCUCCAGCACGGAGUCAGGAAGACCCCUACCUCUCUAUCUAUGAUCCCCCUGUGCCAGACUUCACCGUUAUGAAGAUGGAGGUGCCUGGCUCCAUCACUGAAUAUAGGGUCUUGGCGCUGGACUCUGCAAGUAUCCUCCUGAUGGUGCAGGGGACAGUGACAGCCAGCACCCGCACAGCCCAGGCCACAAUCUCCCUGAAGCGUGGCGGGGUGCUCUUCAUUGGGGCCAAUGAGAGUGUCUCACUGAAGCUCACGCUGCCUAUGGACCUGCUGAUGUUCCGUGCCUGCUGCCUGCUGUAGAGGCCACAGCCUUCCUGGCUCUUCUCUGCCAGUCACCCUACAUCCUGGCCAGCCUCACCUCCUCAGGCCCAGCCCAAAUCCCUUCCCUGUUCCGGGCUCUUUGGGUAUACCCUGAAAGAGCUGGGGUAGAAGAGCUUGAAGUCAGUGACUCCUGAGCAGGCCUAGGCUGAACCGUCUUCUUCCUGGUAGGAGGGGCCCACGUGAGAACUGAGGGCUGAUACUCCCCUUGUAUUCUUGCCACCCUUGAGCCAGGCUCUCCUCGAUGCACGAAGCUGCAGCUGUUCCAGCCUAUAGCAUUAGGCAGAGGGGUGAAAUCUAUGAUUAGCUCAAUAUCAGUCACGGCAAGAUAGGUAAUUAAUUUGAAAGAACAGGGUUCUGGCCCCGGGACUGCCCAUUUCCUCAGUGCAGAGAAGGAGGGAAAAGGGUAGGCCUGUGGACUAAUGUUGCUGUCAAAGCAAUUAAAGAUCACCUGUGUUGAGGCCUGUGGGCUAAAGAGUACUCAGCCUUUGCCAUUCCAGUCCCUGAAGUGGGCUGAAAGAGCCCUCCCUGGAUGUUGUCCAGUUUUUGCUUUAUUCCUUCCUGUUUCAGACAGCUUCCUGAGGUAGGCAGGCUAAACUCCAGAGGCCUUAUAAAGGAAGGUGUGGGAGAGAUAGCCUGCUGUAGCUUCAGCUGCAGAGCUUGCAGGCAAACCUUGGGCCCUCCAGCCCUGCACACAGUGGAAUAUGGGUCUAAAGAAAGGCAUUGUCAGUGCAGAGGUUCUUCUCUCCAGUGCUUUAGUUGGCUUUAGCGCAGGGAUCAUCAGGCUAAGGCCAGCAGGCUGGAUCUGGCCACACCCUUUCAUUUACAUACUGUCCAGCUCCAUUCAGGCUACAAUGGCAAAGUUGAGUAGGUGCACCGAACUGUAUGGCCUGCAAAGCCAAAUGUACUGACUGGCCCUUCACAAAGGUUGUCAAUCACUUCUCUAGAGCACAUUAAGUCACUGUAGAUACAGGGACUAAAGGACAGGACAAUCUAAUUAGUGUUGUGAAGAGAAAUCAAGCUACUUUUUUCCUACAAUGGCAGGAAGUACCUAUGAGGGCAUCUACUCUCCCUGUGCCUACCCUCUAGAGGUGGGACACACCCAGGAGAUUGCACAGCUGUGUGUUUUGCCACUGAAGUUUCUGACUAGCAGUCUUAGAUGCUAUCACCCCAGACUAAGCAGAGACCCAGGCUAGUAGCUCCUUCCUGUAGGUAAGGGAUUAAUCUCACACAAAAGAAUCUUUCUGGGCUGCUGCCCACACUAGACCUGUACAAUGGAAUUCCAGGAAACUACCUUCAAAAAAGUUCUAGCCAAUCUGUUCAGCUUUUUUUGGCUUCCAGUAAAUUUUCUUCAGCUGAAAAAAAAAACCCUGAAAAACAAAACAAAACCUGGGAAGAAAGGGUCUGCCAAAGGGAAUUCAUUCUAAUGAGAAGUGACAUGCAAAGGCCUAUUCCAUCCGUGGUCUCCAAUGAGCAGGCCUGAAAACUACGCCUAUUGGGAACAGGAGAAAGGAGAGGCAGUCCUCAGAAGAACGGUUGGGGCUAUUAGGCUAUUUCUUCAUUUCAGAAUUCAGAAGGGGCAAUGACCGUGGUCUAGGCCUUUGUUAAAAAUCCUAUUGCAACACAGAGACUCAGGCUCAACUAGCAUGAUUGUAUUUAUUCUUACAAACUUACAGAGCUAUAGAAGCCUAAGCCAAGAGUUCUGUAGAGUAAACACCAUACAGUACCACUCCCAUCUGUGAGGUAAGCCUGAAUACCUCCCUGUCUCCUCAGAGCGCUGUCACCUGCAACACACCCAGCACUUUUAAUUAAGGCAGUCUGGUUCUAGACACCUUGGUGCCUUUAUUCGUGACAUUCGUGGCUUCUAGCCCCAAGCAAUCGACCAUUUCUACCCUUCCUUGCUGUACAAUGUUCCUGCAACUUUUUCUACGAAGGUAAUGCCUUCCACACAGGGUCAACCAGCUCUGAAACAUUCCGGGGGAGAGGUGUGGCCAAAUACACCAGUGUGGCUUUACGACAGCAACCACUGGAGGGCCUGGUUCUUGGGGUCCUGCUGCCAUCCUCACCCCCAGCAGCUGUCAAACACUCAGGCUACUCUGUCCUAACCAAAUGAAGCAACAGACUGGGCAAGUUCCCAAGUUGGGGUCACACCUCAAUCCUGACUACCCUACCCCUUAGGCUGGGAACCCUGUCCACUUCCAUUCAGUCCCAUUUGGUUGUAGGUAAGGCCAAAAAAAAAAAGAA